UUGAGCGUAACAGAUUCUUAUAACUCCGAUUGUGCAGGAGCCUUCACCAACAAAGAUUCAGCAGGACAAAGGUACGCACCACACGAUCAUUUCAAUUAUUUUGGAUCCAGAAACCACAAACCAUUUGAUAUGUCAGAAAAAAAUACGACCAGCUGUACAUUAGGAGGUAAUCUGCAAUCACCGGAUGGCAAAACCGGUUCGGAUAGUUUCUACAAAAGUGUCUCCAGUUCGGUUACCUCAUCUGUAGACAAAGAUGGGAAAGUGCAAAGCGAGCGAACCACCGAGACGACUGUCAACGACAAUGGAAAAGUUACUAAAUUUAGCACACACACAUAG